AUGUAUUUUCAGGCUUUACCACACGAAUUGAUGAUACAAAUCGUAUCGAACCUUUACAGGAUUCAGGAUAUUUAUCAUCUGAUGCUCGUAAACCGCGCUUUCCACAACCUGCUCGUCCCAGAGAUCUACCAACGACACACCCUAGACAGACACGGAAAAGUCCUACUGAAAUAUGUAGCAGCAGGAAACAAGUCUGGAGUCCGAGUAAUGCUAUCCCAAGGCGCAGACAUCAAUUAUCGCCCGAGGGACAAGAGCGCGAACACAGCUCUCCAAAUCGCCAUAGACGACAAAACACUCGAUCUUGUGAAAUUUCUCCUUGAAAAAGGCGCGCAACCAAAUCUUGCCAUCACACAUCCUGAAUACAAACGACGACCUCUAGAUUCAUCGGUUCAUAAUUUCCCUAAAGAUGAUCUAGACAUGAUGAUCCUUCUGUUAGAUUAUGGUGCUGAUCCGAACUUUCCCAACUACAAUGGGAAAACCCCAUUCUUCACAAGUGUGGAGCUUGGUCAUUUUACCAAAAUGGAAACACUACUUGCUCGUGGUGCUGAUUUAAAAAUUCGAGCUUCAUUAGAUGGAAGCACAGUCUUACAUGAAGCGAUUCGACAUUUCAGACCUAGCAUGAUGCAAUUUCUGCUUGAAAAGGGCCACGAGAUGAAUUGUGUAGAUGACCAGAAUCGAUCACCGUUGAUGCUUGCGGUGCGGUAUAGAGAGGACCUGUGCUCAACUAUUGAUCUGACGCAGAUCCUAUUGACAGCCGGCGCUGAUGUGAAUUUUACGGCUCCUGAUGGAAGAAAUGCGCUUCUUGAAGCUGCAAGUUGUGGUACAAGAGAUAUGGUACAGCUUCUUAUUGACCACGGUGCUGAUGUGGGAUUCAUCGGACCAAAUGGACGCAAUAUACUCUACGAAGCAACUCAUAACAACAAAGAACGAGCUAUUGCAAUCUUGACACUAUUGCUAGAGUGGACUUGGACUUGA